AGCCCCCUACACAGAUCACCAUCUCAGUGUAAACGGGAACAGAAGCGGCGACCCAAGCCAAAGGAUGGAACAGUUCUCUUCUGCGGUGUUUGUGGAGACAGGGCUCUGGGUUAUAACUUCGAUGCCGUCAGCUGCGAAUCUUGCAAGGCGUUUUUUCGAAGAAAUGCGCUCAAGACAAAGCAAUUUACAUGUAGCUUUGAAGGCAACUGUAAGAUGGAUCCUCACACCCGCAAAUUCUGCUCUGGAUGUCGGCUGAGAAAGUGCUUUAACAUUGGCAUGAAGAAAGAAUGGAUUCUAGAUGAAGAUCAGCUUGUGAAACGAAGACAGCGUCAGCAAACAAAACAGUACUGUGCUGGGGAUUCCCAGCCUUGCUCAUCUACUUCCAAUGACCUGCUUGGGGAAGACGCUUGUUUGUCAUACAUACCAAGAGAGUAUCAGCCAUCCGCUCACACACACCAGCAGCAGCAGCAGCAUCUCCAGCCCAACAGUAGUACAUGCCACAGUGGAAGCGACAGCAAUGACUACAUGCCUCUCACACCUGCCAGUUACUACGACUCAUGCUCGCCACCAGGUUCCACAGCUCUCAAGCGUCAUUAUUCUAUUUCUUAUGGUAAUUCGUGCUCUCCAACAUCCACGACCUCACCACAAGCAUUCACACCUCAACAGGUGCCAGUGCCAACACCUGCCCAGCUCAUAUGCGGCAGCCAGCAUGAUGCUGUAGCUAAGCUGCCCAAGCUGGAGUACCCUUUAGAAGAUGAUGAUUGCUACUAUGGCAGUAUCUCUGAAGUUCCUACUGUCACUCCUCUUCUGGACCAAGUAAGCUUUUAUGAUGACCUGACAAAGUGCUCAAUGAUAAAAUAUGAGAUGAUAGAUGACAAUGAGAACUAUGUGAUACCUUUGGAUCCUGCAGUACGAAACUGUCUGCAGGAGCUAUCCAAGACAUACGAUGAAAUUUUUGAAGCAGCAUAUACACAGGAUCAGAUCUCAAAGCUCACGUCUAAGCCGAAGACAGCAGAUCAGCUUUUUAACAUGACUGAUGUAUUUAUUCGAAGACUGAUUCGGUUUGCUAAACAUAUCCCUGAAUUUAAAAGCCUUUCUCAGGCAGACCAGAUUCAUUUACUGAAGGGAGGAAUAAUGGAGAUGUUUGUCCUUCGCUCAGCCAUGGGUUUUGACUCCAGUCAUAAUGCAUGGAAGUUCAAAGUCCAGCAGACUGGUUCACCUGAUGGCCCAAAAGUAGAAGGCAAAUUAGAUUCGUCAGUCAUCAAUACAUUAGGCUCAUCUAUGUUCAUGCAGCACAUACAGUUUGUACGCCAGCUGCAAGAAGUAUCAGACAAGAACAGAACCGUCUUGAUGCUUCUUUUCAUCAUUGAGCUUAUGUCUCCAGACCGGGCCAACCUUAUAGACAAGCAGAAGGUCUCCCAGUGUCAGGAACGCCACUCCAUGUGGCUGAAAGCAUAUUUAGAAUCCAUUCAUACAGUGGCUGAGGCGAAGGUCCUCUACCCUAAACUGCUGGUCAAACUACUAGAUGUCCGGAAUCUGGGAGAGGAAAGUUGUCAGAUGACAUCCAGUUUAGAUAUCACAAAUCUGGAGCCACUUCUUGUAGAGGUUUUUGAUCUCAAAUAA